CAGAAAAGUAGUAUUUAUUUAUUGAUUUAUAUAUAUUGGGUUUCCAAGUUCCAUGCGUAUCACUGGAAUCUGGAUUUGUAUGAAACGUACCUACUCCACGUCCUCUCCUCCUCUCAUUGAAUUCAACGAAACAUGCCUUUCUGCGAAGUCAGUUCGUGUCAGAACGCUCCUGAGUCAGCUGCCGAUGACAAUGGAAUUCGGAUUUUCUACAGAACUUACGGUCGAGGACCAACGAAGAUCCUAUUAAUCAUAGGAUUGGCGGGGACGCACGAUUCAUGGGGGCCGCAGAUAAAGGCGCUGGCCGGAACAUUGUCACCGAAUGAUGACGAAUUCCCGGCCGGCGACGAUGGAACUGAAAGCACCGGCAUGGAGGUUUGUGCAUUUGACAAUCGGGGAAUGGGCCGGAGCUCUGUUCCCACCAAAAAGUCGGCUUACACAACAACACUUAUGGCAAAGGAUGCAAUAGCUGUAAUGGAUCAUCUGGGGUGGGAAAAGGCCCAUGUUUUUGGCCAUUCAAUGGGAGGUAUGAUAGCCUGCAAGAUGGCUGCCCUGGUACCCUGCAGAAUUUUGUCAUUGGGCCUAUUAAAUGUUACUGGUGGAGGCUAUGAAUGUGUUCCAAAGUUGGAUCGUCAAACAUUGUCGAUUGCAAUUCGUUUUAUGAGGGCAAAAACCCCUCAACAAAGAGCUGCUGUUGAUUUGGAUACUCAUUAUUCAAAGGAAUAUCUUGAAGAGUGCGUUGGAACAAAAACAAGAAGAGCAAUUCUAUAUCAAGAAUAUGUAAAAGGUAUAUCAUCUACCGGAAUGCAGUCAAAUCAUGGAUUUGACGGCCAGAUUAAUGCCUGCUGGACACAUAAGUUGUCGCUUGCGGAGUUGGAGGCAAUCCGAACAGCAGGAUUCCCCGUAUCAGUAAUCCACGGAAGGCAUGAUGUUAUUGCUCAGUUGUGCCAUGCGAAGAGGCUUGCACAAAAACUGUAUCCUUCUGCCAGAAUGGUGGAACUUCACGGUGGCCAUCUUGUCAGCCAUGAAAGGACAGAAGAGGUAUAGACUGUUAAAUGUUUUGAAAGAACUGGAAAAGCAAUAACAUCAAAUGCAAGGGUCUUUUCCAAACACAUAAGAGUACUAAAACUCAAUGAAUACCCGUUCAAAUUUGCACAAUGCUACUGCUGGCAGUCAUAGAGACCAUAUAUGCCUGUCGAGAUUCAUGAAAUUGAACUGCAAAAUAAUAAAGAGGGAAUGGUCUGGGAAUGAAAUAUGUUGACAGGCAACAUGGGAAAGGGGUCUAUCUAUCUGCCUAGCUUUGGCAUCAUCAUACAGGGGGUUGAGAUUUAUUACCCUAACUAACCCAUCAAUUGGUACAGGUCAAUAAAGCUCUAUUUGAUCUAAUCAAGGCAUCAGAGGAACAUUUAACCCCGGAUGAGUGGACAAACUUGUCUAUUAACACUUCUGGUAAGUACUCCAUAUUAGCUGCAAUUGUUAUCAUACCACUUAGUGACCUAAUCCUGAUGAAUUCUGUCAAAAAAUUGUAAUGAUGGCUCUUAAUUUCAUAGUUUGGCUCUCCAAUAUAUAGGCUUUUUUGUGAUAACCACAAUAUUACUUCUUCAAAGCUACAACUAACAUGUCCCUUAUGAUGAUCAACUGAUAUUUAAUGGUUAUGGGUGCCGAUGCUUUCUCAGGAUGGAGUAAAACUUGGAUAACAUACAGCAGAAUCAACUCUGAGGGGGGGCCCUGUUUGAGUUUCAUGGUUGACUAUGUAGGGAAGAUGCAUGCGUUCAUGUUGUAUCUUUUCGGUCUCAUUGUGUUAGCAUUUGGGUACAUUAGAAGAUCAAUCAGAAGUCUGCGACCUGUCAAAGUUGGAUCUGCCCUCCCAUAAUAUUUGAAAACAAGAGAAGCUCUUUUCUACUGGUAAAUACGACCUAUUACACCUUCUGAUUCCGUGAUUUUCAGUGGCGACAUGCAGUUGUUAGUUGUUACCACAGAAUACUGAUAUUAACAUAGGCCUAACCUAAGCAUGCAUCUUAUCUUGCAGGGGAUUUUGUUUAUUUAUGAAUUAUGAUCACCCAGUGACAUGGUGCUUAAACACAACUAACCUAUGCAAAUUAACAAUUACCGAUACAGAAAGCCAUGGGUGCCAAAAGGGUCCCUAACUGCAGUUUCUAUUGUUACUUUGGGGAGCAACCGCACCAGAAAAUGAUGUGUACGGUGAAGAAGAUAAGUAAAAAGGGGGAGAAAUGCCAGUUUUUGGGCUAAUGAUUUUUAUGGAGAUGGAAAGGCAAGCAUUAAGUGGGGGGGUUUUACAUUCUUUUGCCUGAAUGUUUCUUUCGCGUUUGAAUGAGCAGAAAACAAUGUGAAGGGAAGUCCCAUGUUUCUGCAUUUGCCAUGGAGAUCCCAUUUCCUUGUGUAAUCAACUCCCUACUGGUUGUAUGAAGAACGUGGAAUACUGUAAUUUUUAACCAUGAAAAGAUUUCGUUCUUGUCCUCAAACGUGUUUGUAAAAAAUGUAAUUCUAGGGACUCGUCCUCCUACAUGGUCAAGAAAGUUGUACUCCAACUAAUUAAGGUAUUGAACUACAACAAAUAGGAGUACAACAACAAAGAAUGACUCAUUGAAAGUUGCGAGAUCCCAGGUUCAUGACCCUAUAGCCAUAAACGUUCCUAAUAAAAAUUGCACCACUUCUUAAUACUGCUUCCGUUCCAUAAAAAAUAGUCCAUAUUAAGUUUUUAAACUUAAAACUCAACAUGUACUAUUUGAAAACUCAAUAUGGACUAUAUCUGUGGGAGGGAGGGAGUAACAUAUAUGAAAAGCGGAAGCAUCAAUCAAACAAAGGAACCAAAUUCAGUAGGCAUGAAAUUCUUAAACAAAAGUACUUGCCAAGUUACCAGAAAGAAAUCUGGGACCCUUGAGUAAAAGAAUGGUCACGUACUACAUGCAACUAAUUACGCAUAUAAAUUUGCAAAGAGGGAGAGAGAGACUGAAAAAAUAAACCGUAAAGCAAUAAUACCUGGUAGGAGGACUUCGGAUGAUCAGCAUCUUCGAUUCAAUGAAACUAAGCAAAAGACCGCAUCAUCUUUUCAGCAAUAACCUCGUGAAGCUGGGAAAUUUGUUCUGUAAACCAUCGAGUUUCACCUUGAUCUGUUUCAUUGUUUUGUGAAGAAGGUAGUCCAGUAUGCACCAAUGGAAUCAAAUAACAUAAAAAGAAUAGCUAGGAAUCUGAAAACAGAGAGUAAAAAGAAACAAGGGCCUUCAUUGUUCGGUUGGAAAGAAGAGCAAGGAUAAAUCGACGUCUAGGAAAUCAGCUAAUUAAAAUGGAGCCUAA